UACACACAUUACUACCGCAUCCAAAACUGGGACUCUCCCGAGUGGACCCGCGCCUGGCCGCAACUAAUCCAUGAUGUCCCCUCCAUAAUCUCCACUGCCAAAAUCCCCCUCCAACGCGAAGACCCCACCCUAACCACAACCCCGGCAGACGCAGAAGACACGACCGACGAAGAAAUCCCUCCCCAACCGCCACUCAUCGACAUAAAAAAGGGUAUAAAACUUAACGGCGCCGAAGAUGAGGGGUACGAAGAUCUAAUCCUGUCGAGGGAUAAUCGGAAGUGGAAUGUGAAGACGAACCGGAGGCCGUAUGAUAAGGUUGUUGCUUGUGUGUUGCUCAGGGCGUAUAUGCUUGCGCCGGGGGAGUUUCGGUUGAGGAGUGAUGGGUAUUGGGAUUAUGAGGAUGAGUGGGGGGUUGUGAGGGAAUUGUAUGAGAAGAUUUGGCCUGGGGAGGAGAUAAAACGGCCUUGGGGGGAGGAGGAG